CUGCAGUAUGGGCGGUCGGAUAGUUACCGUGUGGCCACCACGCAGGAUAAGGAUGAGAAGGAAUCUCCCAAGAAGAAGGGAGGGAAGGAUCUGGAUGACCUCAAGAAGGAAGUACCACUGACGGAGCAUAAGAUGUCUGUCGAAGAAGUGUGCCGAAAAUACAACACUGACAUUGUGCAGGGUCUGACCAAUGCGAAGGCAGCAGAAUACCUGGCUCGUGAUGGUCCGAAUGCUUUGACUCCUCCCCCCACCACGCCCGAGUGGGUGAAGUUCUGUCGGCAGCUGUUUGGUGGUUUCUCCAUCCUGCUGUGGAUUGGAGCCAUUCUCUGUUUCCUCGCCUACGCCAUCCAGGCCGCCACCGAGGACGAGCCUGCUGGAGACAACUUGUAUCUGGGUAUCGUGCUUUCUGCUGUGGUCAUUAUCACUGGAUGCUUCUCCUACUUCCAGGAGGCCAAGAGCUCAAAGAUCAUGGAGUCUUUCAAAAACAUGGUCCCCCAGCAAGCCUUAGUGAUCCGUGAGGGAGAGAAGCUCCAGAUCAAUGCUGAGGAGGUGGUGGCAGGAGACCUGGUGGAGGUGAAGGGCGGAGACAGAAUCCCCGCUGAUCUUAGAAUUGUCUCUGCUCAUGGCUGCAAGGUUGAUAACUCAUCUCUGACCGGCGAAUCAGAGCCCCAGACUAGAUCUCCUGACUGCACCCAUGACAACCCGCUGGAAACCCGCAACAUCGCUUUCUUCUCCACCAACUGCGUCGAAGGCACGGCCCGCGGUAUUGUGGUGUGUACAGGUGAUCGCACAGUCAUGGGCCGUAUCGCGACCUUGACCUCUGGUCUGGAGACUGGCAAGACGCCCAUCGCCAAGGAGAUAGAACAUUUCAUCCACAUCAUCACGGGCGUAGCCGUCUUUCUGGGCGUCACCUUCUUCAUCCUCUCCAUCAUCCUGGGCUACAGUUGGCUGGAGGCAGUCAUCUUUCUCAUCGGCAUCAUCGUUGCUAACGUCCCAGAGGGUCUGCUGGCCACAGUCACUGUCUGUCUGACGUUGACUGCUAAGCGUAUGGCUCGUAAGAACUGUCUGGUGAAGAAUCUGGAGGCUGUGGAGACUCUGGGUUCGACCUCCACUAUCUGUUCUGAUAAGACUGGAACCCUGACCCAGAACCGCAUGACCGUGGCCCACAUGUGGUUCGACAACCAGAUCCAUGAGGCAGACACCACUGAGGACCAGUCCGGUGCAUCGUUCGAUAAAAGCUCGGUGACUUGGGUGUCUCUGGCUCGCAUUGCCGCACUGUGUAAUAGGGCCGUGUUUAAGGCGGGACAAGAGUCCCUGCCAAUCCUGAAGCGGGACGUUGCCGGCGACGCCUCCGAGUCAGCCCUACUGAAGUGUAUCGAACUGUCCUGUGGGUCUGUUAAAGCCAUGAGAGAAAAGUACAAGAAAGUGGCUGAGAUUCCCUUCAACUCCACCAACAAAUACCAGCUGUCUGUGCAUGAGACAGAGGAUCCUGAUGAUAACCGCUACCUGCUGGUCAUGAAGGGGGCGCCAGAACGCAUCUUGGACCGCUGCUCCACCAUCUUACUGCAGGGCAAAGAACAGCCCAUGGACGAGGAGAUGAAAGAGGCCUUCCAGAACGCCUACCUCGAACUGGGAGGACUGGGAGAGCGUGUGCUGGGUUUCUGCCACCUGCUGUUGCCUGAGGACCAGUACCCUAAGGGCUUUGCCUUUGACACAGAUGAUGUGAACUUUCAGACUGAUAACCUGUGCUUCGUCGGUCUGAUGUCCAUGAUCGACCCGCCCCGUGCCGCUGUCCCCGACGCCGUGGGCAAGUGCCGCUCCGCGGGCAUCAAAGUCAUCAUGGUGACGGGAGACCACCCCAUCACUGCCAAGGCUAUCGCUAAAGGAGUGGGCAUCAUCUCAGAGGGCAACGAGACUGUGGAAGACAUCGCUGCCCGUCUCAAUAUACCCGUCAGUCAGGUCAACCCCAGGGAUGCCAAAGCGUGUGUGAUCCAUGGCUCUGAUCUAAAGGAUCUAUCUCCAGACCAGAUUGACGAGGUCCUCAGGAACCACACAGAGAUUGUUUUUGCCAGAACCUCACCUCAGCAGAAACUCAUCAUCGUAGAGGGCUGUCAGAGACAGGGUGCUAUUGUGGCUGUGACUGGUGAUGGAGUGAAUGACUCUCCUGCCCUGAAGAAGGCUGACAUUGGCGUUGCCAUGGGGAUAUCUGGCUCUGAUGUCUCCAAACAGGCUGCCGACAUGAUCCUAUUGGACGACAACUUUGCCUCUAUCGUUACUGGAGUGGAAGAGGGUCGUCUGAUCUUUGAUAACUUGAAGAAGUCUAUUGCCUACACUCUGACUAGUAACAUCCCAGAAAUCACUCCAUUCCUCUUCUUCAUCUUGGUCAACAUCCCUCUGCCCCUCGGAACCAUCACCAUCCUCUGCAUCGACCUGGGCACUGACAUGGUGCCUGCUAUCUCUCUGGCCUAUGAGGCUGCAGAGAGUGACAUCAUGAAGCGCCAGCCCAGGAACCCCCACAGAGACAAGCUGGUCAACGAAAGACUCAUCAGCAUCGCUUAUGGACAGAUCGGUAUGAUCCAGGCUCUGGGUGGUUUCUUCAGUUAUUUUGUGAUCCUUGCUGAAAACGGUUUCUUACCCUCUCUGCUGGUUGGGAUUCGACUCAAAUGGGAUGACCGCUCUAAUAAUGACCUGGAGGACAGCUACGGCCAGCAGUGGACAUAUGAGCAGCGUAAGAUCGUGGAGUUUACAUGUCACACGGCGUUCUUCGUCAGUAUCGUGGUGGUGCAGUGGGCUGAUGUCAUCAUCUGUAAGACCAGACGGAACUCGGUCUUCCAGCAGGGCAUGAAGAAUAAGAUCCUGAUAUUUGGGCUGUUUGAGGAGACAGCUUUAGCUGCCUUCCUGUCCUACUGCCCGGGGAUGGACGUGGCCCUCAGGAUGUACCCACUCAAACCCACCUGGUGGUUCUGUGCGUUCCCAUACAGUUUCCUUAUCUUUGUUUACGAUGAGAUCCGAAAACUCAUCCUGCGUCGGAACCCUGGAGGUUGGGUGGAAAAGGAGACAUACUACUAA